ACUGUAGAAGAUGCGGACCCGAACAAUCGGUCGGAACAAGGGCAAGACCCAAAUACGCGGCCGGCUGCAGAGAUCCUCGUCGCUACUCGACCUGCAACUAGUCCUGCAGGUGUUGGAGACCACGCUGAUUCACCGAGGCGAGGUGAGCAGGUGAACAAGACAAACAAAAACAUGUCUUCCACAACGCCGUCCUGGUUUUGCGGGGUGCUCCCGGAUCAACCACCCCUUCCCACGUCUGCCAUGAACUACAGCUCCGCCCGACCAGCGAAAGACAAAGAACCGGAACUACAACAUGAGCUGCACCGGCCGCAGAUAGCGACACUCGACAGCCGAGCGCGUUCUUGUUGGGGUGCUGCUAGCAAUUGUGCAGAACAAGAACCGAGAGCGCAGUCAUCACCUGUUACCGGACGCAGGGACCACAAGUCUUCCCACAAUAAACGGAGUCAAUCGCCGAACGAACUUGGUAAAAAUCGCCGUGACAUAGACUUCAACAAUGCUCUCACAAGCGAGCAGAAGCAGCACGCGGAAAGGAUCCGGGAAAAAAGAGAAAUCCAAGCCCGCCCCUCCACCAGUCCAACGAUCGCCCUG